AUGUCUCUCUCCGCCGCUUCCAGCUCUAUCCUGCGCGCUUGCGCCCGGCAACAACUGCCCUCUUCUCGCGCCGCCAUUGCCUCCUGCCAGCAGCGGAGGGGAGUCGCUGAUGCCUCCAAGUCCACUUUCGAUAGCCCCUUCGGCAGCUCCAAGGAGUACUCUUCCACCCUGAAGAUCCCCGAUUUCAGCAAAUACCAGUCCAAGAAGCCCCCACGCUCCAACCAGGUCUUCUCUUACUUCAUGGCCGGUUCCCUCGGUCUGGCCUCUGCCGUCGGUGCUAAGGCCACUGUCCAGGACUUCCUGGUUAACAUGUCCGCCUCCGCCGAUGUUCUCGCCCAGGCUAAGGUUGAGAUUGGUCUCGGUGCCAUCCCCGAGGGCAAGAACGUUAUCAUCAAGUGGCGUGGUAAGCCCGUCUUCAUCCGUCACCGCACCCAGGACGAGAUCCAGGAGGCCCAGAAGACCGAGUGGCAGUCCCUCCGUGACCCCCAGGCCGACGAGGACCGUGUCCAGAAGGCCGAGUGGCUUGUCAUGCUUGGUGUCUGCACUCACCUUGGUUGUGUCCCCAUCGGUGAAUCCGGUGACUAUGGCGGCUGGUUCUGCCCCUGCCACGGUUCUCACUACGACAUCUCCGGCCGUAUAAGAAAGGGACCCGCUCCCCUGAACCUCGAGGUUCCCCAAUACAACUUCCCCUCCGAGGACACCCUCGUCAUCGGUUAAACGAUUUAGAAUUGAUUCGAUCUUCUGAGACCGCGGGAAUCGGGCGAUGGCCGUAAGAGCAGAAGUAGAAGUCGGAGAAAGGGGAAGGGAGAGAGAGAAAGAAUGAAAGAGAGAGAGAGAGAGAGAAGGUUUGUAUUUGUGCAAUAGACGAAAGCCUUCCUCUCUCUCUUUCUCUCGCUUUCUACUCUAUUUUGUGUCUUUUUUUUGUCAAGAUUAAAGAGACCUUGUGUUUUUAAUAUGGACCCUGGAAAAAUGAGCCUCUUGUUCUAUUACAGUUAACACUGUUUUUUGCCUUUUUCUUCUUCCCUCCGCUUGCUCAUAGAGAGCCUGUAUCAAUCACUCGUUGU